CGGGGUCCCGUUAAGUCCGCGGGAGGCGCGAUGGCCGCGCGCGCGCUGAGGCUGCUGGCCACGCUGCUGGCCGUGACCGCCGCGGCCGCGCAGGCGGAGGCGGAGGCCGAGGCGGGCUGGGAGCUGGGGGCGCCCGAUCUGCUCUUCACCGAGGGCACCGCGGCCUACGCGCGCGGGGACUGGGCGGGCGUGGUGCUGGGCAUGGAGCGCGCGCUGCGCUCGCGGGCCGCCCUGCGCGCCCUCCGCCGGCGCUGCCGUGGCCGCUGCGCCGCCGAGCUGCCGUGGGAGCCGGCGCCCGAGCCGCCGCCGCCGCCGCCGCCCCCCGGGCCGGCCGCGGGCGCCGCCGCCCUGCUGGACCUGCGCUUCUUCGGGCGCCUGCUGCGCCGCGCCGCCUGCCUGCGCCGCUGCCUGGGGCCGCCGGCCGCGCACGCGCUCGGCGAGGAGCUGGAGCUGGAGUUCCGCAAGCGCAGCCCCUACAACUACCUGCAGGUCGCCUACUUCAAGAUAAACAAGCUGGAGAAAGCAGUGGCCGCCGCCCACACCUUCUUCGUGGGGAAUCCGGAGCAUGAGGAGAUGCGCCAGAACCUGGACUACUACCAGAGGAUGUCCGGGGUGAAGGAGGAAGACUUCAGGGACCUGGAGGCCAAGCCCCACAUGCAGGAGUUCCGGCUGGGCGUGCGGCUCUACUCGGAGGAGCAGCCGGGGGAGGCAUUGCCGCACCUGGAGUCGGCGCUGCGAGAGUACUUCCUGGCAGACGAGGAGUGCCGCGCCCUGUGCGAGGGGCCCUACGACUACGACGGCUACAACUACCUCGAGUACAGGGCCGACCUGCUGCAGGCCAUCACGGAUCAUUACGUGCAGGUGCUCAGCUGUAAGCAGGGCUGUGUCACCGAGCUUGCCUCCCACCCAAGCCGCGAGAAGCCCUUCGAAGACUUCCUGCCAUCGCAUUAUAAUUACCUGCAGUUUGCUUACUAUAACAUUGGCAAUUACACGCAAGCUAUCGAGUGUGCCAAGACCUACCUUCUCUUCUUCCCCGACGAUGAGGUGAUGAACCAGAAUCUGGCUUACUACACAGCCGCCCUGGGGGAAGAAGAGGCUGCAUCCAUCAGCCCCCGUGAGAGUGCCCGGGAGUACCGCCAGCGGAGCCUGCUGGAGAAGGGGCUGCUCUUCUUCGCUUAUGACGCCUUCGGGAUUCCCUUUGUGGAUCCGGAUUCAUGGACCCCCGAAGAGGUGAUUCCCAAGAGGUUGCGAGAGAAACAGAAGUCGGAGCGGGAGACCGCCGUCCGCAUCUCCCAGGAGAUCGGCCAGCUCAUGAAGGAGAUCGAGACCCUCGUGGAGGAGAAGACCAAGGAGUCUCUGGACGUGAGCAGGCUGACUCGGGAAGGCGGCCCCCUGCUCUACGAGGGCAUCCGGCUGGCCAUGAACUCCAGGGUCCUGAACGGCUCCCAAAGGGUGGUGAUGGACGGCGUCCUCUCCGACGACGAGUGCCGGGAGCUGCAGAGACUCACCAAUGCAGCAGCAACCUCAGGAGACGGCUACCGGGGCCAGACCUCCCCCCACACCCCCAACGAGAAGUUCUACGGUGUCACCGUCUUCAAGGCCCUCACGCUGGGCCAGGAAGGGAAAGUGCCACUGCAGAGCGCCCACCUGUACUACAACGUGACGGAGAAGGUGCGGCGGGUCAUGGAGUCCUACUUCCGCCUGGACACCCCCCUCUACUUCUCCUACUCCCACCUGGUGUGCCGCACAGCCAUCGAAGAGGCCCAGGCCGAGAGGAAGGACAGCAGCCACCCCGUCCACGUGGACAACUGCAUCCUGAACGCUGAGACCCUCGAGUGCACCAAGGAGCCCCCCGCCUACACCGCCCGUGACUACAGUGCCAUCCUCUAUCUGAACGGAGACUUUGAUGGGGGCAACUUCUACUUCACCGAGCUGGAUGCCAAGACAGUGACGGCAGAGGUGCGGCCACAGUGCGGGAGGACGGUGGGCUUCUCGUCCGGCUCUGAGAACCCGCAUGGUGUGAAGGCGGUCACCAGGGGGCAGCGCUGUGCCAUCGCCCUCUGGUUCACCCUGGACGCGCGGCACAGUGAGCGGGACAGAGUUCAGGCCGAUGACCUGGUGAAGAUGCUCUUCAGCCCCGAGGAGCUGGACCUCCCCCCGGAGCAGCCCCCCGAAGCACAGCAGGACCCCCCGCCGUCUACAGAGGUGUCGAAGGAUGAGCUCUGACAGCAUCCUGCUGCCUGCGACAGACUCUCCGACCCCUCGGCUCCACUGUGGGGACCCCAUGGCACAGCCGGUGGCCCCCCAGACUGUGGAGCUGGCCCCAGAGAGCAGCACCGCCUGCAGGGAGCCCCUGCUACCUGGCCCUGGGGUGCCCCACGCACAGCCGCCUGCCCGGUGCCCGCUGCAUGGGGAGUGGACAUGGUGGUCAGCCACUCCCUGGACCUCGUGGGGAGGGGGCCUGGCGGGAGGUGCUCUGGG